AUGAGCAAGCGCCGGAUUGACUGUUUAGCACAAAGAGAUUUUCCAAGUAAUGGAGUCCAUAAAUGUCGGGGCGUAUAUAACUCGACGGUGACAACUUCCGCCUUUCAAAGCUGGAAAAAUGUUGGCGACGCUUUUAUGUUUUCCAAAUUAACUACCAACGAUUCCGAUGAUGAGAAAUGUGUUACUGCCGCCAUCGAAGAAAUAAUAAAUCCCAGCAAUGCUCGGCUUGUCGAUCAACAAUCUUUUCAGAAAAUUUAUUCUGCUUGGAAAAGUGUCAAAAGGCAUCUUCUCACUGGCGGCCAGAUGAAAAAGAUCGUGAAUUCUUUUUUUAAAGACUUUGAAUCUUUGAAUGACAAAGAGCUUAUACUUUAUGGUAGGCUCAACUCGAGUAAGAUCACACGCUUUUUAAACAUUUUUUGUGAGAUUACCAAACUCGAAAGUUUUCUCGGGAAGGACAACUUGACGAAGAUCCUCGAAGUCGUGAGCGGAAUUUCGAUGUGGCCUUUGAAUUACCCAUUAUCCAAGCAAUUACCGCAGUUGAAGAUGGUGGCCAUUCCGUGGCUUAGAAAUUUGUCUUCUUUUGCAGAGAUUGAUGUCAGCAAGCUUCGGUGUGCAAUACGAGAUUGGUGUGCUUUGUUCUUCAUCAAACUCUUUUUGCAAGUUAUAAGGGGUGCUUGUCUUCCUAUUGUGGCGAAUCGCAAUCAGUAUUUGCUCCUAUUUCCGAAGAUUGUUUACAAAGUGUUGAAACUACGUGGAUUCCUUGCCUAUGGUCGUGAUGGCGAAACCAAGCGUCUAGGGAUAAUAGUCAACGCGGAAAAAAUACAAAAGUUUCAAACGAGACGAAUGUGGGUCGUUGUGGAUAAAAAGAAAACCCGAGCUCUUGCCACUUUUUACAAUCCUAAGCUAAAAGAGAUGGAACAAAAACUCAAUUCUGCGCUUCGUGCCUGUUUACCAAAGCUUGUCUAUCAUAUGCGUGAUUCUGCUUUCAGCAUAAAAGAGGCACAAGAGCGACUCUUUAACAAAAUUAAAAUCGAGGAUCAGUCAACGUUUUCCAAGAGGAGCAUUCAGUCAAUGGAUUAUGCGGCUAGUGACCUUAUUUCGGCAAUCAAAGAUAUGUUUGGCAUUCCAAUUUAUUACGGAAGAAAAUACUUCAAACAGCUAAUGGGCAUUCCUCAAGGAUCUUCCAUGUCAACGACUCUCUGCUAUAUUUAUGUGACAGAAAUGCUCGAAAGGGCAAUUCCAGGAGGCAUAUCACACACGGACAUGGAGGUUAUCUAUCAUGUGGACGAUGUUUUGAUUGUUGACACCGAUUUACGCAGGAUUCAAGCGACUACGGACAAUUUACUUUCUGGAGUCAUGGAUCUCCAAGCUUCAACGGCUAAAACUGUGACUAAUUUUCCCACCAAAGAGCCAGCGAUCAAGCGGACCAGCAAAUUUCAAUGGACCGUUUGGGAGAUUGAUGCAAGAACGCUUAGGGUUCGCCCUUAUCACAGACUUGGAAUUGAGCGACUGAAAACGUUGAGGUCUUACUCGCAAUAUGGAAACACAAGACGGGUAGCAGAGAAAAUGUUAAGGAGUGGUCGAUUACAUCGAUUGCCUCGGUUUACGAAAGAGUUGGCCACGAGCGCACCACCGAGCGCUUACUCGGAGAUUACUCGACACGUUUUGCCGCAUUCAUUAUAUAGGCGUUUUUCUCUACGCACCGCAAAAGGGGAAAAUCGACUCUCGUCUCAACUCCGAAAACUCGCCAUUAAGCGAUUGACAAGAAGAAAG